AGAUAAUGGCGUGCGAGGCUAAAAGCAGGCCUGAAUCAGCAUUACGAAAAUAGCUGUUCAUUGAAUGGCUAGCCAGAGAGCGGCCAAUGAACGGCGGCUUUUAUUUUUAUCUCCCCGCACUUCGUAUAUUUGCUGCCCCGGCCUCGCGGCCUCCAGGGUUCAGUCAACAGCCGUGCAGGGCAGUGUGGACACCGGGGGCGACAGCACUCAGCAGACCGUUAUGCCUUUCUCUUGCUUUGGCGCUGGAAAAUGGGCAGGCGGUGCCGUGGAGGAGGAAGCCACUCACAGGAUCCAGUGUAAGGCUGUGGUGGUAGGUGACGGCGAGUGCGGCAAAACUUGUCUGCUGCAACGGUUUUGCCGCGACACCUAUAGCAGCCAAGGCUACCUUCCAACAGUCUUUGACACCCAGGUGGUGGACAUGGUCUCUGGCACUACCACGAUAGAGCUGACGCUGAUGGACACGGCUGGUCAAGAGGACUACGACCGUUUGCGACCUUUCGCCUACCCGGACACUGACGUGGUCAUCAUCUGCUUCUCCGUGGACAACCCGGACAGCCUGGAGAACGUUUUGCUCACCUGGGUCCCGGAGGUGCGUUAUUUCUGUGGCGAUACGGUGUCCCUAGUGCUAGUGGGCAACAAGAAGGACGUGCGGCUGCAGAACGAGGUCAUUUGCCCGACUGUCAGUGACACUCACAAGGCGUGGUCCGCCAUCAGCUUCAUCAAGCAGGGGCCGGUCAAAGCAGCCAGGGCCAUGUCUGUGGCGGCUGACAUAGGAGCUGCGGGCUACUGGGAAACCUCGGCCCUGAUGGAUCAGGGAGUAGACGAAGUGUUUCAGGCCGUCUGUAAGCUGGCGCUAAUGCGGCGCGUGCACAAACGUGGACGACGGAGCACGGGAGGAAAGAACAGUCUAAUGGCGAGAAUAACUGGUCGUUAACAAACACCCGACUUCCUUCAUCUUUCGAUUGACAAGUACUAGCUGAACAGCAAAAACAGUGUGCAGGGUCACCCGAGACAUUACCCACAAUGGGAAACGAACCAGACACGACCAGAUAUUUUUCCCGGCGGUAGAAAUUUGGUAUGAGUGACAGUUGAACUCUAGUGGAUGUCCCGUCAUGAUUUAAAUGACAUGCACGAAUAGCAAUACUGUUUGUUGCCCACCCGUGUGUUCACACCUCCCAGCACAUUACAGCACCGUGCAGCAUGUAUCGAGCUAAAGCAAGACAAACAUUUAGCUUAACGCAGCAAGUGUAGAGUGCUGCACGCCACCACCAAGUACAGCACAUGGUAUAGAAUAGUACAGGAUACAAGAUAGCAGAGAAUAGCAGAGCGUGCAACAGCCAACACACUAAUGUCUACUGUGCCACAGACAACACACUAAUGUCUACCAGACACCACACAAACCUGUAUCCUGUAAUAGACGAAUUAAAGAAAUACUCGUAACAGAGUGUACAAUAACUGACAUAAUGAAUAUCUUGGAACACGUGAGGUCUAGUCAGAAGCACUGGCAUCGCACACGAGAGUGAAGAUAAUGCCAAAGGCACAGAAUCGCAACAAUUUCCCUUCAAAGAAAAAUUGCACAGAGACAAACACCUUUAUUGUCAUAUUGAAAUCUCAGCCGUUACGGCAGCUACUGAUCUCAACAUCCAAGUCUGUGAUAUUCUGCUUUUUGUUGUAGUUACGGCUGCACAUUCCUAGUGUCACUAUACUAGAAUUUGAAAUAUGGUCAUUGAAUGUAAAGUUGCUGAUGUCAAAAGUUAAUAUAUUUACCAGUAACAUAAUUUUUUGGGGAUAAAAUCAAUAAAUUUGUACCGUUACACGUUCUUUGGUGCGUGUCAGAGAGUGAGAUUGGGGAGGAGUGAUGGAGACGCCAAACAGUGCGUAUACUAGUUUCUUUUUCAUUUUGCUUCGUUAUCCAUCUAUCUCAUACCGCUUUAUUAUUACAAGUUAUUCCAUUAUGCUCCUAAUAUUUGAAUUUUUAAAAUUUGUUUAUAGCCUUAAUAUCGGUUUAUACACAAACCAUUAAAAUAGCUUUCAUCCCUCUCUCUCUCUACAUGCAUGUACAAGAGAUAAAUUUAUAAUAAUUAAGACUUUAUAUAUUAAAGUUCACUUGAAUCUUUGUUGAAGGUACUUAGACAUGUUUAAUGUUCGUCUUUAUUGCAUCCAACAAAUAAUUGUAGUUGACGCGGCGCGUGCACAAUAAAAGAAUAAAGUUUACUACGCUA